AUGGAUGGAUUGCAGGACUGGACCAGUCCGUUGGGCCGUCGGAUCAGUUGCCGCGCCGACUUGCUGGUCUGGCUCCGGCCGCAGGCCGCUUUGUUCACCGGCGGCGCCGCGGCGGCCAACCGCCCCAACCCCAACCAAACCACCGAGCCGAAGAGAAGAAGAGAUGCUGCUCCGCGUCGGCCUCGCGCGCAGCACCCGCCUCCGCGGCGGCGCCGUCUCCCUCUCCCUACCCCUCGCUCGGCGCCUCUCGUUCGAGACGCCGCCGCCGCCGCCCGAUCCCGAGUGGACGGACACGGUGGAGUACCUAGACGAGUCGGGCGCGCUGCUCUCCUCGGCGCCCGGGGCGCGGCCGGCCGUGCCGGGCGCCGACCCCCACCAUCACUCUCCGGCGCCUCCGCGCACCCGCUCCCGCGCCCCGCCGCGGCGGCCCGCCUCGCCUCGCUCGCGCUCCGCCACCGCUCCGGCGCGCCCCUCUCCGCCGCGCUCUCCGCGCUGCCCUCCGCGCCCGACACCGCGCUGCUCCACCUCGCGGCCGCCUCGCUCCCGGCCUCCGACCCCGUCCCGCUCAUCUCCCUUGUCGCAUGGGCGCGCCUCCAGCCCUGGUUCGUCCCCUCCGACGACCUCUCCUCCCUCCUCGCCGCGCGUCUCCCGCCGGCCACCCACUCAUCCGAGCUCCUCGCGCUCUUCGACGACACCCUCGCGCUCCCUGACCCCGCCGCCUUCCCCAAGACGUUCAACGCCGUCGUCUCCGCGCUCGCCACCCACGGCCUCCUCGAGCCGGCAUUCUACUGCUUCAAGCGCCUCCGCGACGUCGGUUUCAAGGGCCUCGAGACGCCUGCCUACAACGCCCUCCUCUCGCUGCUGCUCACCAGGGGCCUCGCCUUCAAGGCCUUCGAGGUGCUCGACGAAAUGGCGACCUCGGGCUGCGCCCUGGACGAGGGCACGUACGAGCUCGCUGUACCUGCGCUGGCACGCGCCGGGAGGAUUGACGCUGCCCGCAAGAUGUUCGAUGAAAUGAAGCUGAGGGAGGGAAUUGGGCGGGCGCCGGCUGGCGUGUAUUCUGUGAUGGUGGACGUGCUCGCCAAGGCAGGGAGGCUUGAUGCGGCCAUGGGGAUGUACAGAGAGAUGGUGGCAGUGGGGCACUGGGUAAGCACAGCAGUGAGCACCGCCAUGGUGGAAGGGCUGGUGAGGUCCGGGAAGCUGGAUGCUGGGAUGGAGCUUUGGGAGGAGAUGAGACGGGGAGGGCUCCGACCAAGCUUUGGUUUGUACACCAUGGUGGUCGAGGCCAAUGCUCGGUCUGGAAGGCUGGACAUCGCUGCCAAGUUGUUUGGGGACAUGGAGAAGGCUGGUUUCUUCCCCACGCCGGCUACAUAUGCAUGUCUGGUGGAAAUGCAUGCUUCAGCAGGGCAGGUGGAUGCAGCAAUGCGGUUGUAUCACUCCAUGGCAAAUGCAGGGACAAGGCCAGGGCUUAGCACGUUUACAGCGUUGCUGGCAAUGCUGGCGAAUAAGGGGCUGCUAGAUUUGGCUGCAAAGGUGCUGCUGGAGAUGAAGGCAUCAGGUUUCCCGAUAGAGGUGACCGCAAGUGACCUGCUGAUGAUCUAUAUCAAGGAUGGAUCGACUGACAUGGCACUCCGGUGGCUACGGUUCAUGGGCUCGGCUGGUAUAAGGACCAACAACUUCAUCAUAAGGCAGCUGUUCGAGUCUUGCAUGAAGACUGGGCUGUAUGACUCAGCACGGCCAUUGCUUGAGACAUAUGUUGCUGGGGCUGCCAAGGUGGACUUGAUUCUCUACACAUCCAUCCUCGCCCACCUGGUGCGGUGCCAGGACGAGAGCAGUGAGCGGGCAAUCAUGGACAUCCUGAGCGCCAGCAAGCACAAGGCUCAUGACUUCAUGUGUGGCCUGUUCACCGGUCCAGAGCAGCGUAAGCAGCCAGUGCUCUCGUUUGUGCGCGAGUUCUUCCAGGGCAUCGACUACGACAACGAGGAGAGCGCGGCCAGGUACUUCGUGAACGUCCUCCUCAACUACCUAGUGCUCAUGGGCCAAAUGAACCGUGCCCGCUGUGUGUGGAAGGUCUCCUAUGAGAACAAGUUGUUCGCCAAGGCAAUCGUCUUCGACCAGCACAUCGCCUGGUCCCUGGAUGUCCGGAGCCUGUCCGUGGGCGCGGCGCUCGUGGCGACGGUGCACACACUGCACAGGUUCAGGAAGCGGAUGCUCUACUACGGGGUCGUGCCGCGGCGCAUCAAGCUGGUGACGGGGCCAACGCUGAAGAUGGUGGUGGCGCAGGUGCUGGCGUCGCUGGAGUCCCCGUUCGAGGUGAGCAAGGUCGUCCUGCGUGCUCCUGGCGACUCGGUGCUGGAGUGGUUCAAGAAGCCGAUCGUCCAGCAGUUCCUGCUCAACGAGAUACCCUCCAAGGCCGACGUCCUCAUGCACAGGCUCAAUGUCAUGUUCCCGAGCUCGGCGCCGGAGGUCCGGUCCCUGUCCAUCCCAAGAUCCCUUGGCAUGUCUAGGUGAUGGAUGCCAGACUUUGUUGCUUGAACUGAACACAAUCUGUAAGAUGAAAUGUAUUUGUAUACUAAAUCUUUCGUCAA